AUGGCCGGCGACAGAAACAAUAAUCUCCCGAACAGUGCCUUUCCAAGAGAAAAAUUACCCAAAGAUCUCCAGAAGCUUGUCGACAAGCAAGACGACUAUUGGGAAGAUAUAUAUGACGGAACGGGCCCCGAUACCACCGAAACAAGUGUGCGAUAUGCUGCCUACGCAAACCGUCUGCGGACGGUGAUGCUGAGCGCCCAUCGCUAUGUCGCAUACACCUCCGACAUUGGCGAAUCCUUCCGUCCUGUCGCUCAUCCCUGGCUGGUCCGAGGCGCAUACGCGGUGUCAUGGGCAUAUAUCCUCGGCGAUGUGAGCCACGAAGGAUGGAAGGCGUACAAGAGAAACCAGCGUCUGCUAUCCCCACAAUCCGAAGAAUACCACGACGCAACCCAGAAAGACGUCAAAGAGACGGGCCAAUCUUUAGUAUAUAAAAAUCCUGUUCAGAUUCCUGCCAUCGAGGACUAUCGGAGUGUCAUGGUCCAACGAGCAGUCUUUCAGAGCAUCGCCUCCAUGGGACUGCCGGCUUUCACCAUUCACAGCAUAGUGAAGUACUCUGGAAAGGCAUUGAGGAACGCGAAGAACACGACUAUCAGAACGUGGGCUCCGAUUGGGCUCGGUUUGUCGGCCGUGCCGGCGCUUCCCUAUCUAUUCGAUAAGCCUGUCGAAGAAGCUGUAGAAUGGGUCUUCUAUCAGGCAUUCCGGGCCAUUGGUGGUGAAAAGGCUGUGGGCGAUAGACAUUCAACCGGGCGAGAAAAGCAACUACAGAUCGAGGCGAAAGCGGCCAAGGCUAAGAAAGAGCUUUAA